AUGAGAAUUGGUCCCUGCCCAGGUCAGCCGAGCAGAGGGUGGAGACCAGAAGAAAGGAGUGCCAUCUGCCCAGUCCUCUUACCCGCCCUGGUCUUUCUCUUCCUGCCCUUGGGCAGCACCCUGCAGCCUACUCCAUUGCCCUUUCCAGAGGUGAGGCUGGUGGGGGGGCCUAGCCGCUGCCAGGGCCGGCUGGAGAUCCUGUACAACGGUUCCUGGGGGACCGUGUGCGACGACGACUGGGACGUGGUAGAUGCCAACGUAGCCUGCCGCCAGCUGGGCUGCGGGUAUGCCCUGCCGGUGCCCUUGCCCCUUGCCUUUGGCCAGGGCCGGGGCCCCAUCCAACUGGACAACGUGGACUGCAAGGGACAGGAGGCGGCCCUGAGCGAGUGCGGCAGCCACGGCUGGGGGGUCCACAACUGCUACCACUACGAGGACGUGGCUGUCAUGUGUGAUGAGCUCUUACCAACGCCGGCCAGGAAAGUGUUAACCAGCCCAGCCCCCACCACCAUCACCUUGAAGAAUGGGAGAGGUGAUGGCAGCAUCCGCCUAGUGAAAGGCGCCAACCCCUGCCAGGGCCGAGUGGAGAUUCUGCAUGGUGGCACUUGGGGCACCGUAUGUGAUGAUGACUGGGGGCUCCCAGAUGCCACUGUGGUCUGCCGCCAACUGGACUGCGGCACUGCUGUGGCUUCUAAGACCAAUGCCUUCUUUGGCUAUGGCACUGGCCACAUCUUGCUAGACAACGUCCACUGCGAUGGCCGAGAGCUACGCCUGGCAGCGUGUCCCAGCCUCGGAUGGGGCAUCCACAACUGUGGGCACCAUGAGGAUGCUGGCGUCAUCUGCUCAGGACGCAGCGUCCCCUCGGUCAUGUCCUCACCAUCCUUGGUUACCCGUGAUGGCAAGGCCAGGCUCACUGAGCCGGCCACAGUAACAGAAGCUGCUGCUGAGCCCACUGGGGACGUGACCAUCCCUCCCACGGCCCCUGGAAGGAAAAGUGGCCGCCUCCGCCUGGUCAGUGGGAACGGCUCGUGCCAGGGCCGCGUAGAGGUCCUCCAUGAGAGCCGCUGGGGCACGGUGUGCGAUGACGACUGGGACUUUGCCGAUGCCCAGGUGGCGUGCCGUGAGGCGGGCUGCGGCCGAGCCGUGGGGGCCACCGUCCUGGCCUACUUUGGCUACGGGAAGGGCCCCGUCCUGCUGGACAACGUGGACUGCACAGGCGUGGAGGCCCGCCUGGCGGACUGCUUCCACCUGGGCUGGGGCCAGCACAACUGCGGACACCAUGAGGACGCCGGUGCUAUCUGCAGGGGGCUAGAGGAGUCGGGACAACAGGUCUGGGAGGAUGUUCCUGAGACGACAACCAAGGCGGUAGCCAGCGUCCCUCCGAGGGAUGGCCAUCUCCGCCUGGCAAACGGCAGCCACCGGUGUGAAGGUCGGGUGGAGCUGUACCUCCUGCAUCAGUGGGGCACCGUCUGCGAUGACGCCUGGGAUUUGCGGGCUGUAGGUGUGGUGUGCCGCCAGCUGGGCUGUGGGGAGGCCCUGGCAGCCCCUGGAGAGGCUCGGUAUGGCCCGGGCCAGGGCCUCAUCCUCCUGGACAAUGUCAAAUGCCGGGGCAACGAGGCCUCCCUGCUCCGCUGCUCCCACAUCCGAUGGAAUGUCCACAAUUGUGACCAUGCUGAGGAUGCUGGUGCCCAGUGCCAGCCACGGUGA